UACACCCUGUUUGGCCGGUGUCUUGGGGCUGACACCCACGAGACCAGAGCAGCUCAGAAAACAAAGUUUGGCUGGAUGAGGUUCCCUCAGGCGGCACAGGUGACAGAGGACAGCCGUCUGCUCUACCUCCUCAUCAAGAUGCUCAAAAACCGACCGCCGUGCAGUCAACUCUCCUCCCCCAGUAAAGUCGUGGCUUCUAUUAAGGGGCAGUAUAAAAGGAUUGCAGACCGACUAAGAGACGAUGCCAUCCUGUGCGGCCUCGCCAUUCCUCUGCCCAAUGUGAAUGCGAAAUCCAUCUCCACCUUUAUUGUGAGGGAGGAGAAAAAGGCCAACUACAGAGCAACAGUAAUGCCCAGAGUGACACCACACAAGAAAGUGUUGUCAGACACACCGCUUCCAGAAGCUCCUGUGCUGCCAACAUCCUUGCCUCCACCAGAUCGGCCUGAAGUGCAGUACCAGCACCUUCAUCACCUGGCUGGGAAAAGGCAGGGUGAGAAGCGGAGGUUAGCUUUUGAAGAGCCAGAACCGGCCCCUGUGAACCGGCCCAUUCAGCCAAACCCCGCGAACCGGCCCAUUCAGCCAAAGCCUGCUGCGUCUGCCCAUAUUCCACCCGCUGUGUCGGCAGCUGCACCUCUACUCCUGGUUCUUCCUGCACAGCCACAAGCUCCCUCCAUCAAACUUCUGGGGCCAUCAGGCAGUCAGGGCUUUGUACCUGUGGCACAGCCCCCUGCACCAACCACCAAGCAACUCAUGCCCAACAAGUCCUUGCGGCCAUGUGGGGCUUGCCAAGUGCCUCAGUGUGGUGGGCAGCGGAAAAGGUACACACCUUCAAAGGACAAAGCAGCUGGAAGCAACCAGAAGAUAUUUACCUAUUGCCCGGCAACUAGGAAAUCCACUACCUCUGGGUUUGAAGAUGUUUGUUAUGAUAAUUUUGAACACUUCAAAAGUGUGGUGGACAUAGCCUUAGAAAAAAGGAAAAGCAAUUAGAAAAAUAACUGUUACUUACCUGUGUGGUGUGAUCUCCUGUCUCCUGUGAUAAUGUAAAUAAAAGAUUUUUGU